AUGGUCUUGAUACAGUCUCAAAGAGAAGAACGGGAUUUUCUACUGCGGCAUAAACCACCAGAAAAAGUCUACAAGGUCCUUGCCCUUAUUCUUUGUCCUGUACUUGGAAUUGUCGCAGCGAUUUUAUAUGCAAGAGCAAAGUCAGCUUACAGAAAAAGAGAUUCUCGUUACGCUGAGCGAGAAGAUUGUUUUGUUUCAGUAGCUAGAUGUUCAAUCUGCUGUGGAGUUAUUUUGUUCGUCAUUCCUGGAAUGCUCUGCUUUGCCGGUCUUCUAGUGACUGGAUUUUUCUUUCCGGCAAUCUUUUUUUGGUAA